GGGAUCCCGUAGACGGAGUUAACGGCCUACAUUCCCACUCGUGGAGACUUAAUGUAGAGGAUACGGCAAUGAGUCUUGUCUAUGACUUUACUAGGUGAAAGGAAUCUAAAAAAAAAAGAGAGUUUCCUUGUGUACUGAGAAGUUGGAGAGAGACAAUGUUGAUGUUAUGAUAUCGACGCUUUUAUCUUAAUUCGUAACAUUAUGUAUUUUUCACUCGUUCAAAUAUUUGUUUAAACUGUAGUAACAAAUAACAGUGUGAAAUCAUCAACGAUCGAGCAUGUCAAGGAUUUUACGCUGUUAUUUUAUAUAUUUUGCAUGGUACCAACAAACCGCAUUUAUGUUAUUAUCUAAAUAAAUACACGAAUUCCGAAUAUUAUUGAAAUGAGCAUGAAUUAUAGAUAAAUAUUCAAAAAAAUAUAGGAGCUGCACAUAAUAAACUUGGAGAUAAAAAAUAUAUUCCCGUAAACGAUUUCCAAGUGCAUACAGCCACUGUAGUGAGAAGUUUUCCAUUCACACAGAGAAGUUUUAGGUCCACCUGAGUCGCUGAAAAUGUGUUCUAUAGAGAAAGACCUGAAAUCAGAUCGGAAUGUAGAUUUACAAAAUGUCUCAAUUGUGUGGGUGCACACAACCACUGUAGUGAGUUUUUUCUUUUUUAUUGGUAUUAUGAUUAGUCUUCUUCUUCUCGUAAGUAACUUGACCGUUGUUUUGUCAGUUUCUUCCUCUUGACCUGUUGUUUGUGUCAAUUUGCGCUACGGAGAAUAAUGUUUGCAUUAUAUGGUUCAUAAUUUUACUGAGAACCAUUAUGUACUAUUACUUCUAUGCACUAACUUUCCCUAAGACUUUAGUCUACCUUUAUUUAUUUUUUGGUCAGAAAUUUUUGUCUUGGAAUGCUUUUUUUGUUUUUGUUUUCCUCUUUUAGGCGAUUUAGAAUGCAUUUUAUAUUUUGGGAACUUUUGUUUUAAAGAGCCCACUUUAUCUUUAGUGUGAGCUCCCCUCCCAGCAUAACAAUACUCACCUAACAAGUAAUGCUAGGGUAAAAUAAAUAAGGAUACAUGGGCCAAAUUAUAAAUACUUAAGGCCCAAAUCUAGCCCAAGGAUUAAAGCAAAACUCUCUCUUUGGAUGAGAGGUAUACGCGGGAUAAUUAAUUCUCAGGGUUUUAGAGGUAUAACCGCCACACACAUAGCUCCGGAAGGCAACGAUUUGGUAACUCUGUACGCAUAAUCAAUGGCCGAUGUAAAGGAUUGGGGCUUGGAAGCCCUCGAGAAGCUGAAGUCGACUGAACCACCAGUUUUUCUAGCGCCGAGCUCGAUAUCGGAGGUGGCUCGCGUUGCAUCUCAGUAUCUCUCCACUAGGUUGAAGCCUCACAACCUCAAAUCUCCUUUUGAGGAGCUCUUGGUUGAUGGUUUUGACGCGGAGCAGAUUUGGCAGCAGAUUGAUAUGCAGUCUCUGCCUUUGUUGUCGAGCUUGCGGCAUGAGGUUAAGCGAUUUGCUAAAAACCCUCGAGAGGUUCGUAGAAUAGGAAACUUGGCCCUCGGGGAUUCUCAGGAGGAUGGAUUGGAUAUGGAUGGGAUUGACUCUGAUGAUGGGGAUGACGAUGAUGAGGUAGAAGCUAACGAAAGUGAAGAAGAAGAUGAAGAUGAAGAAGAGGAAGAGGAAGAGGAGGAGGAUGAAGAGAAUGAAGGAAUAGAGGACAGGUUCUUCAAGAUCAAAGAUUUGGAGGAUUUUUUAGAGGAGGGUGAAGCUCUAGAGUAUGGCUUCGACUCCAAAAACAAUAAAGCUAUGUCAAACGGAAAGAAGCAAAAUUUGAGCGAUGAUGAUGAUGAUGAUGAUGAAGACGAAGAAGAUGAUGAGGAUGAUGAAGAAGAUGAGGAGUUUGGUGCUUUUGCUGGUGAAGAAAACGAAGAGUCAGACAAAUUGGGAAAGGCCAGGUAUGAGGAUUUCUUUGGUGGUAAAAAGAAGGAACCAAAAAUGAUGAUGAAAGAUGUCAUGGAAGAUGAGGAAGCUGGAGAUGUAAACCAAGGCAAUGGAAAACUCUCUACCCAUGAGAAAGAACUACUAAAGCUUCAAUCCAAGAUUGAUCAGAUGGAGAAAGCAAACUUAGAUCCCAAACACUGGACUAUGCAGGGAGAGGUAACUGCUACAAAGAGGCCAAAGAAUAGUGCUUUAGAAGUUGAUUUAGAUUUUGAGCACAAUGCCAGACCUCCUCCUGUAAUCACAGAAGAGGUCACAGCCUCACUUGAGGAUAUGAUCAAGAGCCGAAUCAUUGAGGCUCGUUUUGAUGAUGUCCAACGAGCGCCUAGUCUGCCCACUAAAUCCAAAAGAGAAGCCAAGGAAUUGGACGAUAGUAAAAGCAAGAAAGGUCUUGCCGAAGUUUACGAGGAAGAAUACGUUCAGAAGUCUAAUCCGUUAUUUGCUCCAGCAACUUUCUCUGAUGAACUGAAGAAAGAGGCAAGCAUGCUAUUCAAGAAACUAUGCCUGAAGUUGGAUGCUCUCUCCCACUUCCAUUUUACACCUAAACCAGUAAUAGAAGAAAUGUCUAUACAGACAAACGUCCCAGCCAUAGCAAUGGAAGAGGUUGCGCCAGUGGCAGUGUCAGAUGCAGCAAUGCUUGCUCCAGAGGAAAUAUUUUCGGGGACAGGCAAAAUAAAGGAAGAGUCAGAGCUUACACAGGAAGAGAGAAAGAGGAGGAGAGCUAAUAAGAAGAGAAAGUUCAAAGCUGAAUCUGCAAAACAACCUGUGAAGAAGGCGCGUGAUACUAAUAGUACAGAGAUGUCUAGAACUGGCAAUGAAUAAAUUUGAAAGAGAGGAGAGGGUGUUACAGAGGCAGAAGAGUUGAGUCGAGACAAAUCUACUAAACACAAGACUGCUUCAAGAUUAGAUGAUACCAACAACAGUUUAGCAUGUUAGAAGUAUUUAAAUUUUGUUCUUAAGGGUUUAGCGCCUAUAAUUUUGUUCGGAUCAGUUAUUAGGCUUUUUUUUUUUUUAAUUGACCAUGAUGAAUUUUGUGUGUUCAUUUGUUUGAAAUGUUAGUUUUUAUCUUGUU